AACCCCCAAAACUCAGAGAUUUUCCAAUUUCUUCUUCUUCUCCUCCGUGGUUGAAUCGCCAUGGCUGCUCUGCAAUACUUGGAUUCGCUUCGCAGCGCGCACCCGGAGCUUGACGAUUGGUACAAUUCUCUUGCGGAUCUGUACCAGAAGAAGCUCUGGCAUCAGCUCACUCUCAAGCUCGAGCAGUUUCUCGCUCAUGCUGUUUUCCAGGCUGGCGAUGCUUUGAUUCAGCUGUACCACAAUUUCAUCACAGACUUUGAGACUAAAAUCAACCUUCUCAAGCUUGCACAUUUUGCUGUGAUGGUUUCUCGGCAGUAUUCUGAGAAAGAAGCUGCCGUUGGUUAUCUUGAUGGGAUCAUUGAGAAACUGCAAGCCACUAAAGAACAGCGCAUAGAAGAACCUAUUCUAUACAUUAAGAUGCAAAUAGCCAUAUUUAAGCUUGAGCAAGGUGAUCAAAAGGAAUGCAAGAAGCUUCUGGAAGAUGGAAAGAGUACACUAGACAGCAUGACAGAUAUCGAUCCAACUGUGUAUGCUAGCUAUUACUGGGUAUCUUCUCAGUUUCAUAAAUCCCGCCAGGAAUUUGCUGAGUUCUACAAAAGUGCUCUUCUCUAUUUGGCAUACACAGCAGUGGAAUCUCUCUCCGAUUCAUUCAAGCUGGAUUUGGCUUUUGAUUUGUCCCUUUCUGCUCUGCUGGGGGAUAACAUCUACAACUUUGGAGAGCUACUUGCCCAUCCAAUAAUUAAGAGCCUUCUGGGGACAAAGGUGGAGUGGCUGUACUAUAUUUUGCAGGCAUUCAAUUCUGGUGAUUUGGUUCGAUAUCAAGAACUAUGUCGGGUUCAUAAUGCUGCUUUAAGGGCUCAACCAGCACUAGUUCAAAAUGAACAGAGGUUAUUGGAAAAGAUCAACAUUCUCUGCCUGAUGGAGAUUAUAUUCAGUCGGCCUUCGGAAGAUCGAACUAUUCCCCUGGCUGUAAUUGCAGAGCGUACAAAACUUUCUAUAGAGGAUGUGGAGCAUCUUCUUAUGAAGAGCCUAUCUGUUCAUCUAAUUGAGGGUAUAAUUGAUCAAGUUGAAGGCACAGUGCAUGUUUCCUGGGUGCAGCCAAGAGUUUUGGGCAUUCAACAGAUCAAAUCCUUACGUGAUCGACUGGACAGUUGGACAGGAAAAGUACACACCGCAUUGUUGUCCAUCGAGGCGGAAACACCUGAUCUAAUUGGAUCAUGACUUUUCCUGGUUUGUUUUGUUCACUGCCCAUUGUAACAAUUUCUCAUGUUAAAGGGAAAACAUCCUAAGGCGACAAAAGAUGAAGAGACUUCCAAGUCACAUGGGCAAUAUGCCAACUUUAUGUGCUUCAUUUGGUUUUGCCAGCUGCUUUUGAAUGAUUGAUUGCUGGAAAGAGCAGCCUCUUGUACUUCACUUAGAAAUUGUUGGUUCUAUGGCCUGGAGACAUGGUGAAUCGGUUAGAAACAUGCUGUUUUUACGCUUUAGAGUGAUGAUAAAAACUAUGUACCUUUAAGUUUUUCUUAGAUACGGCCAUUUUCAUUCACUUCAGAAUUUCUUUUAUUUAAUUGAGCCAAUCAGUUAUUUUCUUUCA